AUGGGUGGCACGACCGUCGUCGCUGUCGAGGAGGUCGACGGUCGGCUCCGGAUCACGGUCUCGUCCGACCAUUUGCCGCUCGUCGCGGACGAGAUCAUUUUGGCCACAGGGUCGGACGUCGACGUGACCCGCGACCCGCUCUUCCGCGAGCUUCUUCCGCUGGGCGUGACGACGACCGGAGGGUUUCCGAACGUGGACGAAGACCUCCGCAUUGCGCGCGACGUGGAUGUGUUUCUCAUGGGCGGGUAUGCGUCGCUGCGGCUGGGGCCCACGGCCGGCAAUCUCAUGGGCGGGCGCGCAGGCGCCAACCUCCUCUCGGACGUCCUCCUCGACGACCUCUUGCCGCAAAUCGAGCAAACGACGCACCACCAUGUCCGCUGUCUCUGCGGCAAAGAAAACAUAGCACUGCUCCAAGUGAUCGUCGGCUUGAUGGAAGACAACAAGGCGCUCCUGGCGAAGCUGGCGCGCGCCCAGAUGGCCGCGCUUGAGGAGCACGUCCAGAUCUACCACGAGUGCGUGAGUGGUAUGAUCGCGCUCACGGGCGCGCACCCGCUGACGAACCAGGUUGCGGUUGCGGUGGACGACGACCUCCGCAUCUCGCGGAAGAAGGCGUUUUACAGCAAGACGCCCAGCACCCUGCCGUCGGCCUUUGUCCAGGACCUAUUUGCGACGGCGUGCAAUGGGAAGGGCGUCGUCGCGUCGGCCAAGAACAUGCAGGUCGCCCUGGCCGCGAUCAAGCGCACGUCGGCCAACCUCAGUGUACGCUCUCCGUUCUAG